UACAAUAAAUAUAUUGCUUUCUCUGCUGAAUAUAUUUUCGUUUUUUCUGCAGAUUAGUUGAACGAAUUUUAAAAAUUUAGAAUAAACUGACUGUAUAAAAGGUAAAGUAAAUAAAAAUUGUUGAAGGGUGAACAAAAUAAUAGUUGUAUUAUUUAUUGCUUUCGAUUAAAACCGCAACGUUACGAAAUUAUUAAAAUAUGGAGGACUUAAAAAAGUUAUUGGAACAAAAUGAAGACUAUUUAUUGAGCAGCUCGAGUGAAAAAGAGACAGACGAUGAAUCAUCAUUAUCCGCAUGGGAUUUAAAAAAGUACAGUGAUGACGAUUCAUUUUCCAAAAAUUACGUAUUGGAAAUAAAAUGUUCAAAUUCCAUAACCUCAAACAAAAGAAAUGGUGAAAAAAGAUUGCCUACAAGAAGACCUGAUCCAAACGUCUACAAUCGCAAUGCUUUGUUAGCAAGAGAAAAUAGACGAAAGAAGAAGGCGUAUUUGGAAACUAUAGAGAAGGAGUUACAAUUUGCUCGUAAAGCUAAUAAUGCUUUAGUAAAAGCUCUUAAACGACAGCUAAAAAUAGCUCAACGGCUUGAAAAAGAAAAGAAAUAUUAUGAAGGGUUGUUUGCUAAUAGAUCUGAUAUAUUAAACCUAGUAAAUGCAUUAAAUUUUCGUUGCAUUCCUGUAUCGAGCGAUUCUCCUAAUUCCACCUUUAGUAGCAAUGCAGAUUUAAUUCAGAACGUCAUGAGAAGUACAACGAGCCUUAGCAGUAAUUUAAAUGAUGCCGACGCGCUAUCAAUACAGUUUGAUAGUCCAUCUGAUGAUUUCGAUAGUGACAAAGACAAUUUGCCCUCAACCUCUACAACAUGGGAUGACAUAUGGGGUGUAAAUGGUGUUCAUAUUGAUAAUUUAAUUUCACCCGAAUCAACUCUUAUGCAGGAUAAAAGUUGUAUACAAAGCAUUAACGAUGACCACUGUUAUGUGAUGAGUUCUUCGUUGGGCAGUUUCCAAUCACCUAAAAAACAUAGUGAAAAUAGUGAUUAUGUCGAUGUUGAAGGAGAUUCUUCAGAAAUUGGAAUAUUCUGUUCUAGUAAUUGGGACAAAUCGUGUCGAACACCGCCUCUUCAGCUUUUAAGUGACCAGACGUUUUAAACAGUUUUUUUUUGUAAAAAUUCAAAUUUGGUUAGUUGUUUUUAUUUAUUCCUAGGAAUUUGACAUUCCUUUUGUUUCUUGUAAGUUUAUUCCUAAUCUAAGUUAAUUUAACGUUAUUAAUAAGUAAAUUAUUUAGUAGGGGAGUAGAAGUUAGAGAUAAAAACAUUUUGUUUUUAGAUUUCAACAUUCCAAGCAAUUAAUGAAAAGGUUACUAAAUAAUGCUUUCGCCCUUUCAGGCCUAUUUUGGAUCAUCCACGAUGCUGCGAAUAGUGCUUGACGCUGGCGUAAAGCUCGCACAAUAUGUAGCAUCUAGUAGUCAAGGUGGGUUUUGUGAACAACUCAAAGAGUGAGCAAUAAAACAUAUCCACACAACUGAUACACUAAAUUGAAUCUUUUUACAGCAAGUUUUUCUGUCAUGGAACAAAAUCGUUACAACUUUUGCAGCAAAAAUAUGUAUCGUUUCAGUUGAACAAAUAAUGAAAGCAAGAAAAUUUAAUUACGAUAUUUGAUAUCGAUCAACAUAUUUAUAAAAUUUAAAUAGUAAUUUUGUCAACAAAUUUUCUUGCAAUCAUCAUUUGUUUCGUGUAUAUAUUAUCAUAUGUACAAAUCCAUCAAAUGCAGUUUACUUACUGUACAUAUGAUAAUUGGUAAAAUGUUUAAAAAUAAACGCGAGAUAAUGCGUUCAUGAAUUUUGUUUAAAAUCAAACUAAUCAAUUCUUUUUUUAUUUGAGUAUUACUAUUGAGUUACAGAUUUGAAGAAGUAAUCCUCCUACGAAAUAUCUGCAAAGACUAGAUCAAUAAAUGCAACCAAUUGUGGUUUUUGGUAUUUGUUGAAAUGUUGAUGUAACCGGCUUGGAAAAUAAUACGGUAUGUACCUCUACUGCUACUCCCACUUUAUCAUUAUAGUGUUAUUUAAUAUAAAUAUAGUUUAAGAAAGCUUAUUCUUAAAUGUAUUAUACACAUUCAUAUAUUAUAAAAGGAUAAAACGUAAUUUAAACACAUACAUACAUAUAUUUUAAACAAAUUGUUGUUUUAUAAUAAAAGUUUGUUAGUAUAAUUUAUAAAAAA